GUCGCCUCCACCCCGCCCCCUCCCCCCGCCCCCUCCAACACCGCCGCCACCCGCAGCAGCAGCAGCAGCAGCAGCCUCCUCACCGGCUCCUGCGUCCUGUCCCCCAGCCUUCAACUCUCAGCUUUGUUGUGCGGUUAUGGGGUGCGCUGUGUCCUUUUUGCCUGGGCUGCUGGGGGGCUUGGCCGUGCUGUGAGGGAGAUACCAGGUGGAUUUAUGGUCUGCAAAGCCGCGGCUACCAACCGAGGGAAAUUAGUGGAACUUUGAGCUCCGGGAGGAUGCAGGUGACGUGUUGGUGCGCCGUGUUACUCCUGACGCCUGCACUUUGCCUGGUUACAAGUGCCCACGCCUCAAAGUCGGAAAUUGUCAAGUCGGGAAGCCCGAAAUCCACACUAAAGCAUAUAUGGACAGAAAGCACUAAGGAUAUGUCCAUCAGUAGGCUGCUGUCACAGACUCUACAUGGCAAAGAGAACAGCACAGCCUUGGACCUUCGCUAUGACACUCCAGAGCCCUACUCUGAGCAAGACCUCUGGGACUGGCUGAGGAACUCCACAGACUUGCAGGACUCGCGGCCGCGGGCUAAACGGCGGCCAAUGGUUAAGACGGGGAAAUUCAAGAAGAUGUUCGGCUGGGGGGACUUCCACUCUAAUAUCAAGACAGUCAAACUCAACCUGCUGAUCACCGGUAAGAUUGUGGAUCAUGGCAAUGGCACCUUCAGUGUCUACUUCCGCCACAACUCCACAGGCCAGGGUAACGUUUCCGUCAGCUUGGUCCCUCCAACCAAGAUAGUGGAGUUCGAUGUGGCGGCACAGCAGUCCGUCAUCGACGCCAAGGACUCAAAGUCCUUCAAUUGCCGCAUAGAGUAUGAGAAGGUGGAGAAAGGCGCUAAGAACACGCUCUGCAACUUUGACCCAUCCAAGACCUGCUACCAGGAGCAGACCCAGAGCCAUGUGUCUUGGCUCUGCUCCAAACCUUUCAAAGUUAUCUGCAUCUUUAUUUCCUUCUACAGUACCGACUACAAACUGGUGCAGAAAGUGUGCCCGGACUACAACUACCACAGUGACACUCCCUACUUCCCCUCCGGCUGACGUUCCCAUACAUUCACAUACAGACAAAUGGAUGAGUAGAGCACAGACUGGGGCUUCUACCCAUCCCAGAGAAAUGUGUCCCUAAACAUGUCCAUAUCAAAGUGUCAGCCAUCCUAACUGAUUUCCCAAUUUAAUGUUCUGAAUUUUGUAGAGAGAGCAGUUACUUUUAACUGGUAAAGAGGUGGUAUAUAGGACUGUAAUAUGGUUGAAAUGACCUGAAAAACUCUUUGAUUCUCUCUUUGAUUAUUAUCAGUUAGAAUUUUGUUCAUGAAUCAUGUUUAGUCCCUGUUGAACCAUGUGAAGAUAUUAGGGGCUUAUCCUUUUGUUAUCACUAUUAAACUCUGCCCUUUGUUUUUCGUUUAGUUCACACUUGUUGUCAAACUAGAUGUUAAUAACAUUUUCCUCUUUUAGCAUAUUUUAUGUACAAUGCAUUAACUCUCUGGACAACAACAUAUGGACUUUUUGCCCCUCCUGUGCUAUUUACGCUCUUGCAGUUUAUCCUGCAUAACUGGAAAACAAAAUUAACUCCUCAAUUAAAAAUAAUUAAAAAAUAAAAUCCUCAGAGUUUUUACAAAAUCUGCAAGGCAGCUGAAGAGGACAGUGAAGAUUCAUAUGUGAAUGUGAUACCUUUAGAAAUGUGAGGUGCUCUUACCUAUGUAGGGGUGAGCUACAACUGAGCAGGCUUCUCCCUCAGACUAGUUUCAGUCAGGAGAGAAAAUGUGUAAACACGCUCAGAUAUUGUAACACUGUCAAUCUUCAGCUGUCAUCAGAGCGUUCCUGCUAGUGCAGCUUGAUGUUGAGUUUGUUGGGUGAUUGGUUCAUUCUCAGCUGAUUGAAUGUCUGAUUACCUAACUGAUUGAUCAGCGGGUCGUUUGUGGGGGAUGGGGCUUGCUCAUUGUCUCUUAAUAUAUCAAAUGUAAUGUAUUGAAUUCUAUAUCUUAGAGCCUGAUUUGUAUGAAUGGUUUGUAUUGUACAUAGUUUAUCCCAAUUGCGCUGCUUCUGUACAUGCCCCACAUGAGCUGUGUUUACCCCUACCUGCUAAGUCCUCUUGUUCACUCCAUUUAUGCUUGUUCUUACCACAAACAAAGAAACAAAGAAAAUGAUGUUGCUGCCCUAGUUGUGAAUUUCUUCAAAACAGCAGUCCUGUACAGAAGCUGUAAAACUGACUAAAUAUAUUAAAAGUAUUCAUUGAAAGUUUCUUUAUGGAGG